AUGAAUCCAAAAAUAGAUAAUCAACAAAAGUAUUGCAGUAGUUCAAAAAACUAUGAUCAAUUAGAUAAAGAAUUAUAUUUUUUGGAAACUGGGUUCAUUAGAUCAAGAUGUUUACAAACUAUUAUUAAAUUAAAUAUUCCAAUGUUGAUUGGAGAUACAAUGACCGAAUCAAAGACAGCUAGGGAAUUGUCAAAUCAAUGUAAUGUUGAUUGUAAAUCAUUGUUUAGGUUACUUAGAAUGUCAAGUUUAUUUGGUUUAUUUGAAAUGGUCAAUCAAGAAGGAUCAUCGUUUGAAAAAACAAAAUUCAAACAUUCAGAGUUAUCAUUAUUAUUGUUGGAUGAAAAAAGAAGAAAUUUGUCUGAACUAAGAACAAGUGAUGUUUAUUAUGAUAUAUGGAAAGGAGUUGGUGACUCUAUUGAAAAAGGACAUUCUACCUAUCCCCAAGGACUUCAAGAAUUGGGAGAUUAUUCAAAAUUUAAAAUUAUUGCUGAUAUUGGUGGCUCUCAUGGUUUAUUUUUGGAUAAAAUAUUAAAAAAUAAUCCAUCAGUUGAAAAAGGAAUUAAUUUUGAUUUGAAACAAGUAUUGGAUAAUCAUUCUAAUAAUGAUAAUAAUCAACAUGACCUGAAAAGAUAUGUUAAUCAUCCAGGAAGCUUUUUUGAAAGUGUUCCAAAAGCUAAUCUCUAUAUUUUAAAAAGUAUUCUUCAUGAUUGGGAUGAUAAACAUUCAUGUCAAAUUCUAAAUACCAUCACAAAAUCAUGUGACCAAGAUUCUAAAAUUUAUAUUUAUGAUUAUGUUUUCUCUGGUGAUCAAAAUAUUGAUCAAGCAAUUUCACUAUAUGAUAUUCGUAAGACACAAAAAUCAAUUACGAUGAUUGAAAAAUCAAUACAAAUGGAUUCUUCGCCAUCAUCGAGUACCAACCAAAGCAACUCUUCUUCAUUCAAUGAUGAAGAGCCAGAAGAGGGAGAGGAGAAAUCAAUCAUCGACCAAAAGAUCAGUCGAUUGAAACCAACAUUUGAUCUUGACAAGGGCAAGGGGCAACACGGCUCCUUUCUUCCUCUACGUCUCCCAAGUGACGGUUAUAUCGGUAGUAACAUGUCGACAGCAUCUUCAUUAAAUGAUCAACAUCGUAAUGGUCAUAGCAAUAAUAAUAAUAAUAAUAAUAAUAGUAAGAGUAGUAGUAGUAGUAGUGGUACCAGUGGAAGUAGCAGCAGUAUAACAUAUAAUCAACCUGCACUCAUUGAUUUAAAGCAAGAACAACAUGGUAAACGUUCGGCUACUACUAGAGGUAGUGGUGGAGGUAGUGGAACUGCAUCAUCUUUGAUCGGUGGAAGUGGCAGUGGCGGUGUGAGUAGUGGCAGUAGUGCUGCAAACUAUACUAUCGCCAAAUCACAACCAAAAAAGAAUCCAUCAACUAUAUUCCAAUCAAUGACAAUCACACCAUUAAUGUCACCUCCUCUUGGUCAAACUAAUAUAGACAUCAAUUUUCCCUCUUCCUCUUCCUCUUCUUCUAUGAUGAAACAACAACAAUAUGACAAAUCACCUAGGAUGAAUGGGAAUUCUAAUCAUCAUCACAACCACAAUCAUCAAACCAUUAAAAAAGAAGACUAUGUAGAUGACAAUGUACAAAAUAACAACAACAACAACAACUCUCAACAUCAUCAAUCCAAAUCAACCACCAAUAAUAACAAUAAUAAUAACAACAAUGUAAAUAGUAAAAGUAAAGUAGAUCAAGAUCAUGCGACAGCAACCGUAGCAGGAGAUGUAGAACAACCAAAAAAAGAAAAACAAGAUAAAAAGGCAAUGAAGAUUACUAUCAAAUUAUCAAAAAAGGAAGACAAGGUUGCGAAAAGUAGUAGUAGUAGUAACGACACUACUGCCUCUGCUGUUGCUAAAGAUCAAGACAAAGAACCAGCAGAUACAACAACAACAACAACAACAAAGCCUGCGCAGGUUGCUGUCAAUAAUGCAUCUGGUGAUGUUAAAAAAGAAGUACUUGACAAGGAUGUUAAAAUGGUUGAUAAAAGGGAUACUCUUUCCUCUUCUUCCAACAACUCAAAGAAACAAGAUGAUACUUUAUUGUCAAAGAGAAAAUCAACAGAUGAUUACAAAAAUAAGAAAUCAACAAAAGAUCAAAUACUGUCAGACUCUGAAUCAGAAGAGUAUUAUGAUUCCGAUCAAGAAGAGGAAUUACAAAGGAUUAAACAACAACAACAGCAACAACAAACACACCGACAACUACCUGUUGAACAAGAGAAACCACCAAUACAACCAUCAUCAUCAUCAUCGACGUCGAUGGUUGUUGAACAACAACAACAACCAAUGGAUUUAUCAUCAGAAGAUGAGGAACCUGAAAGAUCACAUAAAAAGUCUAAAAGAGAACAUGGACCACCAUCAUCUCUUAAAAAGAAUGCAUCAUCGUCAUCAUCAAAGAGAAAAGAAAAUAUUGUCAGCGCUGAAAGAGACUACAAAUCAAACAAGGAAAAUGUUGGAGGUGGUAGUAGUAACAGUAGUAGAGAGGACAACAACAACAAAGAAAAGGAAAGAGAAAGAGAUUUGAAACCAAAAGAAAGAGAAAGAGAAAAAGAAAAAGAAAAAGAAAAACAAACUCAAAGAGAACUUUCAAAAACAACAGGAAAAGAAAGAGAAAGAGAUGAAAAGGAUACAAAAAUUGCAAAAUCUAAAAAAGAAGAAAAUAAUGAUAAAAUUGAAAAGAAAUCCUCAUCAAAUUCAUCAUCAAAUUCAUCAUCCAAUUCAUCGUCUGUUGAAAAUCUAUCACCUCCACCUCCUCCACCUCCACCACCUCAUGCACCACCUCCACCACCUCCAUCAUCAUCAUCGACUGGUAAAAAGGAUAAGGAUCCAUUCAUGGUAACGGAUCAAGAAAAAAAGGAAAUUGAAAAGAGAAAAUCACCACCAAGAGAAGGUGUACAAAAGGAAGUAGGUGGCGGCGGCAGUGGAAGUGGAAAAGAAAGUGGUAGAAGUAAAUCGAGAACUGAAGAAAAGGAAAAAGACACACGUGACAGAGACAGAGAUCGUGACCGUGACAGAGACCGCGAUAGAGACCGUGACAGAGACAGAGAUCGUGAUAGAGACAGAGAUCGCGAUAGAGGAGGUGACCGUGACCGCGACAGAGAGAGAAGAAGUGAUCGUGAUAGAGAUAGAGAUCGUGACCGUGACAGAGACCGCGACAGAGAUAGAGAUAGAGACCGCGGCGGCGACAGAGACAGAUCAGACCGAAAUGAAAAGGAAAGAGAAACAAGAGACAAGAACAAACGUGAUGCAGAGAAUAGCAAGAUUGAACUAUUGGACGAUCCUUUUAGAGCCAAAAAAUCAAAGUCUGAAGAAAAGAUUAUUCGAGCGGAAAUUGAAACUCUCAAAGAAGAGUCAAAGCGAUUGAAAAAGUCGGCACGCGAAUUACAAACUCUCAACGAAGUCGAAUGUUUGGAAGUCUAUCUACAAGUUGGAUUCAAAUAUAUUCAUGCAGCUCAUCUAAUGAUGGAAGUCGACUCGACCAGUAAAACAACAAGCUAUUUCUAUGAUGCUGGUGUAUUCUUUUCAUUUACUUCAAAAUUAUCCUCUUCUUUUAAACAUGAACAAGCUUCUUUAUUAUUUUUAAAAUGUACAUCAUUUUGUCAUGCUAAAGGGUUUUAUUUAAAACGUGAACAAUUGAAAUCAUUAAGAAAAGAGUUGUAUUCUUCAAAUCAAGGAAAAGGUUCAUCAAUUAAUACAUCCUCUACAUCUUUACCUACUACCAUUUCUUCUUCAACUACUGCCGCCGCACCAUCAACUCCAACCUCACCAUUAUUAUCACCAAAUCCACAACAACAAUCAAGUAGUAGUACUACGACGACAACCACUUCAACAACCAGUACAUCAUCGACAACUAGCAGCAAUACUAAUAAUAAUAAUAAUAAUAAUAAUAAUAAUAAUAAUAAUAAUAAUAAUAAUAAUAAUAAUAAUAAUAAUAAUAAUAAUGUAACAGCCAACAACAACAACAAAUUACUAUUCUUCCUCAAAGAGUCUGAAGAUUUAUUUUCAUUCUUUGAAGCUCACGACAAAUCUUCUAAAAUGGCAUUCGAUCAUGAUUACUUUGGAUUAGAUACAACAUAG